AUGUCCGGCUGGCCCGAGGACGACCCCUUUGACGAAGACUUUGACCCAGACUAUGUCCCGGGCUACGACGAGGACGACGACUUUGCCGAGUAUGCGGACGACGCGGCGGAGCUCUGGGCCUUAGACGACGAGGACGUGGACGAGCUCGAUGAGGACAUGGGGGAUAUGGACGACAUGGACGAGGAAGAUAUGGACGGUCUCGCCAUCCCCGGGACUUAUGUGACGCAUACCCGUCUCGACGUCGAGGACGAGGACGAAGACGAGGAAGAGGAAAGUGAGGGAGGCACCUAUGACUAUACGCCAGUCCGGUUGCUCGAACUCGCGGCGCUCAUCAACUCGGCGUCCAACAUGCCCGAAGACCACAGAAGUACCCUCGUCCGCCAACUUAUGCGGCACACACACAUCUCGGCCCCGCGGCGACGGAAGCCACGCCGGUGGUGGAAGGUGCAGACCGAGCCUGACCCGCGCGGCCUUGCCCUGCUUCGAUCAGGGGAGUUCGGACCAGUCGGACCAUGGGUGUACUCUGCCCCACCACCUAUCAUGGAGCGUGAAGAUCCCCGGGUACGCAAGCACCGGCGAAAGAACAGCGAAGAAGAGGACAAGAAGGGGAAGGAGAAGGCGCCAGCUUCGAAGAGGAGAAAGCGGCCAAGCGAGCGACAUUAUCGCCAGCAUCUCCCCCGAACAUUCAUGUACGCGCACGCUUCGCGCGAGCUCGACCACCCCGUCAUCCCCAACACGAACGGGACAAUUGUGGCGCGGUAUCCCUGUGUGCCGUACGUUGGGCAGUUCUGCGGCCCCAACGAUUCCAUCUUCUGUAAGCUUACGUGCUGA